AUGGGGCUGGAGGACCUCACUGUUGCUCUGGAGGACCUCGCUAUGGGGCUGGAGGACCUCGCUAUGGGGCUGGAGGACCUAGUUGUGGGAGUUCCGGAAGCCCAACAGGCCGCCAUCUUCCGCUUCCUGGCCGCCAUUUUGCAUUUGGGCAACGUGGAGGUGAAGGCCGAGCGGGACGGCGACGCCAGCAGCGUGUCGGAGGAGGACCCCCACCUGCGGCAGGCCUGCUCCCUGCUGGCCCUCCCCCCCCCCCUGGCCGCCCAUUGGCUGUGCCACCGCCGCCUGAGGGCCGCCGGCGACACCUGCGAGAGCAACAUGGCCGCCGGGCGGGGGAAGGCGGCGCGCGACGCUCUAGCCAAGCUCCUCUAUGGUCGCCUCUUCCGCUGGGUCCUCCAGCUCCUCAACCGGGCCUUGCAAGGGGACGGGGGGAGCAGCGCCUGCAUCGGGGUGCUGGAUAUCUAUGGCUUCGAGUCCUUCGAGCGCAACAGCCUGGAGCAGUUCUGCAUCAAUUACGCUAACGAGAAGCUGCAGCAGCAAUUUAAUUGGCAUGUAUUCAAAUUGGAGCAAGAGGAGUACCGGCUGGAAGGGGUCCCCUGGAGCCCCAUAGGCUUCCAUGACAACCAGGCCUGCAUUGAGCUCAUCGAGGGCCCCCUGGGCCUCCUGAGGCUGCUGGACGAGGAGUGCACGGUGCCGAUGGGCAGCGAUAUGGGGUGGGCCCACAAGCUGUACGACCGCCAUUCGGCCUCCCCACACUUCCGCAAACCCCGGGCGGCCGACGGGACCUUCGGAGUGAGGCACUUCGCCCAGGAGGUGGAGUACCGCUGCGAGGGCUUCGUGGAGAAGAACCGCGAUACGGUGUAUGAGGAGCAGCUGGAGCUGCUGCGGGCCAGCGGGGACCCGACGGUCGCUGAGCUCUUCCGGGAUGAGAAGGCAGCCAAUGAGAAGGCGGCUAACAAGAUCCACAUCCGCUCCGCCCGCCCGCCAAUCAGAGCGCCCGAUAGGGAACACAGGAAGACGGUCGGGCAGCAGUUUCGGGGUUCCCUGCAGCUGCUGAUGGAGACCCUCAACGCCACCACCCCCCAUUACGUGCGCUGCAUUAAACCCAAUGAGGAGAGGGAACCCUUCAGGUUUGACCCCAAGAUGGUCGUGCAGCAGUUGAGGGCCUGCGGGGUUUUGGAGACGGUCCGUAUCAGCGCCGCGGGGUUCCCUUCCAGGUGUUCCUACCAGGACUUCCUCACCCGUUAUGGGAUCCUCAGUAAGAAGAGAGACCCCACCAAGCAGGACCCGAAACUUAUCUGCCAGGACCUGUUGGAGGACCUCAUUAAGGACCCGGAGCACUUCCGGUUGGGCCGCUCCAAGCUCUUCUUCCGGUCCGCCCAGAUCGCCUAUUUAGAGAAGCUGCGGGCGGAGCGGCUCCUGGCGGCCGCCAUUUUGCUGCAGGCGGCCCUGCGGGGUUGGGUCCGGCGGCGUCACUUCCGGCGGAUGCGAGCGGCCGCCGCCAUCUUGCAGCGCUACAUCCGGGGAUUCCUGGCGCGCAGGUUGGCCGCCCGCCUUCGGAGGACCAAAGCGGCCGCCGUUACCAUCCAGGCCUUCGUUAGGGGUUGGCUCAUUAGGAGCCGUUACCGCCAGUUAAUGGCGGCCCGGAGCGCCACGACGCUGCAGCGCCACAUCCGGGGUUGGCUUUGCCGCCUUCGUUACCGCCGCUUCCGGUGGGCGGCCGUCACCCUGCAGUGCGCCUUCCGGCGCUGGGCGGCGCUGCGCCGCUUCCGCUUCCUGCGGGAACGGAGCGCUUCCGGGGCGCCGCCCGUCGGGAACCUCAGCGCCGGGCUGGAGAGGAAAGUGCUGCAGCUGCAGAGGGCCGUCGACUGCAGGGAUCGAUCCUACAGAGCCGUGCAGGCGGAGCUGCGGGAGCUGCAGAGGGCCGAAGGGCGGCGCCUCCAAACCCUACAGGAGGAAAUGGGGCGGCUGCGCAACCGCAUCGCGGAGUUGGAAGAGGAGAACGCGGCCCUAAAAAGGGAGCGGGCGGCGCCGGAGGGGCCGGGAAAGGAUGGCGACGACCAACGGACCCCAAAGCUGCCCCUCGUUAAGGUAAUUAACGCUAACGAGGGCUCUGUGGGUCCUAUGGGAGGGGGGUUAUAG